AUGUCUGCUCCGGCUAUUGGUAUCGAUUUGGGUACCACCUACUCCUGUGUUGGUGUCUACAAGGACAACAACGUGGAGAUCAUCCCCAAUGACCAGGGUAACAGGACCACCCCCUCCUACGUCGCCUUCACCGACACUGAGCGUCUGAUUGGUGACGCCGCCAAGAACCAGGAGGCCCGCAACCCCGAGAACACCGUCUUCGACGCCAAGAGGCUCAUCGGAAGGAGGUUUGACGACCCCACCGUCCAAGAUGACAUGAAGCACUGGCCCUUCAAGGUCACCAACGGUGUUGGCGGCAAGCCCACCAUCGAGGUCACCUUCCAGGGACAGAAGAAGACCUUCCACCCUGAGGAAAUCUCCUCUAUGGUCCUCAUCAAGAUGAAGGAGAUUGCUGAGCUCUACCUCGGCAAGCCCGUCAAGGACGCCGUCAUCACCGUGCCCGCCUACUUCAACGACUCCCAGCGUCAGGCCACCAAGGACGCUGGUACCAUCGCCGGUCUCAACGUCAUGCGUAUCAUCAACGAGCCCACCGCCGCCGCCAUUGCCUACGGUCUUGACAAGAAGGGGUCUGAGGAGAAGAACGUGCUCAUCUUCGAUCUUGGAGGUGGUACCUUCGAUGUGUCCAUCCUUACCAUUGAGGACGGUAUCUUCGAGGUCAAGGCCACUGCCGGUGACACCCACCUCGGUGGUGAGGACUUCGACAACCUCCUUGUCGAGCACUGUGUCCGCGACUUCAUGAGGAUCAACAACGGCAAGAACCUCGCCAGCAACAAGCGUGCCCUCCGUCGUCUCAGGACCCACUGUGAGCGCGCCAAGCGUGUGCUUUCCAGCUCCACCCAGGCCACCAUUGAGCUCGACUCCCUCUACGAGGGUAUCGACUACAACACCACCAUCAGCCGUGCUCGUUUCGAGGAGAUGUGUGGUGAGAAGUUCAGGGGCACCCUUAUCCCCGUCGAGAAGGCCUUGGAGUCCAGUGGUCUUGACAAGAGAAAGAUCCACGAGGUCGUGCUCGUCGGAGGUUCCACCCGUAUCCCUAAGAUCCAGCAGCUCAUCAAGGACUUCUUCAACGGUAAGGAGCCCAGCCGCUCCAUCAACCCUGAUGAGGCCGUUGCCUACGGUGCCGCCGUCCAGGCCGCCAUUCUUUCUGGUGACCAGUCUGGCAAAAUCCAGGAGUUGUUGUUGCUCGAUGUCGCUCCCCUGUCCCUCGGUCUUGAGACCGCUGGUGGUGUCAUGACCGUGCUCAUCAAGAGGAACACUACCAUCCCCACCAAGAAGACCCAGAUCUUCACCACCAACGAGAACAACCAGGAAGGUGUGUUCAUUCAGGUCUUCGAGGGUGAGCGUGCCAUGACCAAGGACAACAACCUCCUCGGAAAGUUCCACCUUACCGGCAUUGCCCCCGCUCCCAGGGGUGUUCCCCAGAUUGAGGUCACCUUCGACAUUGACGCCAACGGUAUCCUGAACGUUACUGCCAUGGACAAGUCUACCGGCAAGUCUGAGCACGUCACCAUCACCAACGACAAGGGUCGUCUCAGCACCAGCGACAUUGAGCGCAUGGUUGCCGAGGCCGAGAAGUACAAGGAGGAGGACGAGAACAGGCGCGCCUGCGUUGAGGCCAAGCACCAGUUGGAGAACUACUGCUACAGCAUGAGGAACACCCUCAACGAGGAGAACGUCAAGUCCAAGCUCGAGGCUGGUGAAGUUUCUGCCGCUCUUAGCGCCAUCGACGAGGCCAUCACAUGGCUCGAGACCAACCAGACCGCCACCAAGGAGGAGUUCGAGUACAAGCUUAAGGAAGUCGAGAAGGUCUGCCAGCCGCUCACCACCAAGAUGUACCAGGCUUCUGGUGCCGCAGGUAUGCCUACCGGUGGCCCAGGAGGCUUCGGUGGAGCUGGCCCCGCCCCCGGUGCUGCCUCAAGCGGCCCCACUGUCGAGGAGGUGGACUAA